AUGAGAACUGAAAAAAUUUCAUACAUCAACCUGCACCAACAACAAGAUAAUAAAGCAUCAAUGUCUGGCUACUCAAGAAUGUUUCGAGGCAAACUGCGGAUGAGUACAUGUCGAAUAAUUCUCAUAACAUCACUAGCAUGGCUUCUAAUCGACGUAAUUUUAAUUAUGAAAUACUCAGACGGAUUAAAUGGAGGAAUUUUUAGAAAAUCUAGACAUAAUGAGCCAACUGCUGAUAAAUUAAGCGGCGUCAUCGAUGAAGAUCCAAUUGUAAAUGACGAAGAAAUUGACACAAAUCUUAACAAUGUCGAUCACGAUUUCAAUAAUGAUGAUGAAGGUGGCAUACACAUAUCCAAAACAUAUCGAUCGACAGAUAUACGAAAAUGGAGGCCAGCACCAGUCGUGCGUGAGAAUGUUGGAAAACCUGGAGAAAUGGGAAAGCCAGUAAAAAUGAAGCCCCAUCAACAAGAGGAAAUGAAAGAGAAAUUUAAAGAAAAUCAAUUUAAUUUAUUAGCUAGUGAUAUGAUAUGGUUGAAUCGAUCAUUAGCUGAUGUGAGGCAUAAAGACUGUCGAUCAAAAUCUUACCCCAACAAAUUGCCAACAACAAGUAUAGUUAUAGUUUUUCAUAAUGAAGCUUGGACCACAUUAUUGAGAACAAUUUGGAGUGUCAUAAAUCGUUCACCCCGACCUUUAUUAAAAGAAAUUAUUUUAGUAGACGAUGCUAGUGAAAGGGAUUUCUUGGGUGAAAAAUUAGAAGAAUAUGUUAAGACACUUCCAGUUUCAACAUACGUUCUUCGAACAGUUAAAAGAUCUGGUUUAAUUAGAGCUCGUUUGCUUGGUGCUGCAGCAGUUAAAGGACAAGUAAUCACUUUCUUAGAUGCUCAUUGUGAGUGCACUGAAGGAUGGCUGGAACCAUUAUUGGCUAGAAUAGCACUCGAUAGAAAAACAGUCGUUUGUCCAAUUAUCGACGUCAUUAGUGACGAAACAUUCGAAUAUGUCACAGCAUCUGAUCAAACUUGGGGUGGAUUUAAUUGGAAGCUUAACUUCCGAUGGUAUCGAGUUCCUUCUCGAGAAAUGACACGUCGAAACAACGACAGAACUGCUCCAUUAAGAACACCAACAAUGGCUGGUGGGUUAUUCUCAAUUGAUAAAGAGUAUUUCUAUGAAAUCGGAUCAUACGAUGAAGGAAUGGACAUUUGGGGUGGCGAGAACUUGGAGAUGAGCUUUCGUAUAUGGCAAUGCGGUGGAAUUUUGGAAAUAGCUCCUUGCAGUCAUGUGGGGCAUGUGUUUAGGGAUAAAAGUCCUUACACUUUCCCAGGCGGCGUUGCUAAUAUUGUCCUUAAAAAUGCUGCUCGAGUAGCUGAAGUCUGGCUUGAUGAAUGGAAAGAAUUUUACUAUGCAAUGAGUCCAGGUGCGAGAAAGACAUCAGCUGGGGAUGUUUCUGGCCGAUUAGCAUUAAGAGAUCGUCUUAAAUGCAAAAGCUUCCGAUGGUAUCUUGAAAACAUUUAUCCAGAAAGUCAAAUGCCUUUGGAUUAUUAUUUCUUGGGAGAAAUUCGAAAUGUUGAGAGUCAAAACUGUUUAGACACAAUGGGCCACAAGUCUGGUGAAAAGGUAGGAAGUAGUUAUUGUCACGGAUUGGGCGGAAAUCAAGUUUUCGCUCACACAAAACGGCAGCAGAUCAUGUCAGAUGAUAACUGUUUAGACGCAUCGAAUGCUCACGGUCCAGUUAAUCUAGUGAGAUGUCAUGGAAUGGGUGGAAAUCAAGAAUGGAAUUAUGAUGAGACUGAGCUUACAAUUAAGCAUGUAAAUUCAGGAAACUGCUUGACUCGACCGACUAGAGAGGAUCCAUCAACUCCAUUGCUUAGACCAUGUAAUUAUUCCAAGGGUCAGCAGUGGCUCAUGCAAUCUAAGUUCAAAUGGCAAUCAAAAAAAGGCACAGACGAUGAAGAACGAAGAUAGGGUUUAAUAAAACUAGCCAAUAUGGAUUGAGUGUAUUUAUUUUCAUAUACGUUCCCAA